UCCUAAAGUACCAACCGCAAACCUCGUCAAAGAAGCGUCAAUCAUACGUAAAGUAAACAAGAAUCAUAUUUUUUAUUUUUCAUUCAGUAUUAAAAAGAAAUGGAACUUGAUCGUAAAUAUUUUUAAAAACCGAAUUUCAUAAUAGUUUUAACAUUAUGGAAAUAGAUUUAGAGAUAUCAGAUGAAGAAUAUGUUAUUCAAAGGGCCAAAGAGUCAUUUAAAAACAAUCCAGCUGCUGCCAAAGCAUGGAUGAUAACAGCAAAAAUCAUGUACCCCAAUAACUUUGGGGUACAGUUCGAGGCAUACCAAAUUGAAAAAAAUGCUGGACAUAUUAAGGAAGCGGCCAAAUGUUUUAGUGACUUGACUAUAAAAUUUCAACAGCAACCUGAACUUUGGAAAGAAAUUGAAAAGCUUACAGUUGCUUUGAGAGCCGAAUCUGAUAAUAAUGACGAGGAAAAACAGUUUUUGUGUGAAAUGUUCAGGCAUUUAUCCUCUGAUGUGCAACAUAAAUUAUUAUUGUUUACUGCUGAUCAUUGUGAAGAUACAAUGGAACACUGUCGUUUGUUGCUUUUGCUUCUGCAAAGAUUUCCAACAGCAAUUUCAAGUAAUGGCCCAAGACUGGUUGAUACACUUAUUAGUGCAGAAAAACAUAGUGUUGAUGGACAUUUUCCAGUAAAUCCUUAUAGGAAACUUCUAGUUUGUGAUUUACUCCCGUUAUUAGCAAGUGAAAAAGUUAAAGUAGACUUAUCUUCCAAAUUGUUACAAAAGUUGCUACACAAGGCCAUAGAAUUUUAUUUUUGCUAUUUGGGUUUGAACACUAGUGCCAUUCAAGAUACAGAAACUAAAAUUGAAGACCCCUGGACAAGUUUAUUUGGAGUAAUAGAAUUUAUUGGGGGUCAGUUGAAUUGGGAACCAUAUCUAAUUAAUUUUUCAACCAAUUGGUCUAAAGAAACCUAUUGGCAGAAGAUUGUAAUGUUUUGUCAAUCGAAAACAAAGAAUUACCCAUUAGAAGAUAAGCAGCUUCUAUUUUGUUUAUCAAUAUUUUUUGUACAUUGUCUUUUUGAAUACAAUUCUAGUCUAACUCCCGAAUCCAGCCCUGGGCAGGUCCCGACAACAUUUAUUAUGGUAGAGGCAUUUUCUGAUUCAACUUUACCCAAUCUGACUGAAACAAAAAGUAAAAAGAGAAAAAGUGAUGUAGACAUGCCUCAUAUUUCUGCUCCAUGUGUAACAGUGGAAAAACCACAAUUUAAAAAUAUACAAAAUAAUUUUUUAGUCUGUAUGAACUGCUGGGAUUUACUGAAUUCUUCUGAAAAUUUAAGAAGGGAGUUUAUUAAAUUAAAUGCCCAUUUAAAAUUAGAUCCCUUGCUUUCAGGAUUUGUAAUAGACUACGCUCUUUAUAAGGGUCUUUAUGAUGAAUCAUUGAUGUUUCUCCACAAAAUCACAGAUUCGUCUCUGUUACUUCAAAGGUAUAUAAGAGAGACUGCAAUAUUGUAUGGUAAAAAAAACUACAGCUAUUGCUUAGAACCAAUAACAUUAGCUUUGCCUCUAUUACCAAGUAAUGAGGGAAUCUUGAGCAGUAAUUUAAUUGUUGGUGGUAAUCAAAAACAUUUACAUUAUUUACCUCUUACUAGAAUAGCAGUUUUACAAUAUUUAGUUAAAAUUCUUGUAAGAUGUAUUAAAGAAAACAUGCAACAACAAUCUUAUACCGAUUUAGCUAUUGGUCAUAUAUUUACACUUACACAAUUGGAUUGGCCUCAAGAUGAAGAUUUUAUACCACCACUUUUAGAGAAGAUCAAACAGAACAGAACUUUUCAAUACCACCUAUUUCAAAGCUAUAUAAUUAAUGUUGAUAUUCUGGAAGAGCUUACGUAUUUGUGGACAAGCCAAGGAGGGCAAAUCCAAUUAGAUAUCCUUCCACAUUUAGGACAAAGAAGAAUUGGUACAAGAGGUGCAGAUAAGGGUGUUAAAGAAGAAAUUAAACAGGCAAUUCGAAGACAAAUUUCAAGAAGCAAUGAAAAACUUGAUGAUUUGUUGAUUAGUUUCAUUCUUAAUGAGAGAGCUCAAAUUCUACAAACUUUAAACAAGCUUACUUUUAGCAUGUAACUUAGAAAUAUAGAAUCUAAUAAUAG